AUGAUAAUAAAUUCAUCAAAUAAGAUGCGUAUGGAACAAAGAAAACAUUCAAGUUUAGUGUUUGAAUUGGAAAAAAUUUUAUCAACCGAUGAUAAGAAAAUUAAAGUUGGUAAAGAAAUAUUUAGACAACUUCUAAUCAAAAAUCCUAAUUUUAUGAAAAUGUAUAAACCACUUCAAUCAGUCACUUUGCCUCAAGCAUUGAAUUUGGAUUAUCUUACUAAAAUGGCUAUAUGUUAUGUGGAUAAUAUCAUGAAAAUUGUGAGGAAUUUUAAUGAGGAAGAGAAACUACAAGAAACGGUUAAAUAUUUAGCUGGAAUACAUACAAAUCGCGGAUUAACCGUAGCUCAUUUUGUGUCCAUUCUGCCUAUAUUCACUGAUACAAUUGUAUCGUAUAUGGAAAUUGAUGAUAAUAAGGAGAGUAUGCAAUUUAUAUUGUCAACUGUAUUUCCAAUGAUUGGGAAACGCCUAUAA